UGGAAAAAGGCGAAAAGCUAAAAAGCUAAAACUGGACUUGUGAAGUCGUCCGCUGCAGUAUAACUCAUCAUUUUACUUACAUAAUCCUCUUCCAGGUUUUAUUGCUUGAUUUACAAAUCAAAUGUUAAAUUUCAAAUGAGAUCAGAUUGGUCCAUGUUUUGAAGUUCAUGUGAUGGCAUUCCAAGAACUACUGCUCAAUGCAAUUGGCUAUUUGACUCAAGAUUCAAUGGCAUCCAAUUCAUCUCUUCAGUUCACUUUUAGCCAAAUGCUUGAUUCAUCAGACAGCAGAUUACCCAACAUUAUUAAUGUCACAGAAGUUGGUGAUGUUCAUGUACCUGUGUCACUUCUGGAUGCAGAGAGGUUGAAAUUUUCGGCUGCUCCCACAUCAUUUGGAUAUGGAUUGCAUAAUUUUGUUCAACCACUUUUGCGAACAUCUUGGAAAAUUGAUGCUGAGAAAAUUCAGAUUCUUUCACUGAAAAAUCCAUUCUACGAGACAAUACAGUCUUUGAUGGAAAUUACUCUUAAACGGUCCAGAAUCGAUGUCGAUACUAUCGGUGCUGAGGCAUGCUUCAAAGAAAUGGUGAUCUAUCAGGCCGGAGGACAUUACGUUCGUCAUCGUUAUUUGAUGCAAGAUCCAGGACAUUUCGCGACAAUAGUUUUACAAGUUCCAGUUGAAGGAGGCCAUGAAGGUGGCUUACUUACCAUUCAGCAUCAUCAAAACACUCAAGUGUUCGACCACUCCUCAGACAGUCAUCGAAACUUCUAUAUGUCUGUUGUACAUGCCGACAGUGAGCUGGAAAUGACGCCAGUUUCGAAAGGUUACAGAAUCGAGCUCAUAUUUCACAUUAAGUGGAAUUCCCCUGCUGUUGUAUUUUAUCCACCCCUACCAGACAUUUCGUCCUUCCUCGUUGCCUUGACAAAAAUUAGGAAAGACUUUCAAUGCUGGGCUGAACAAAGGGAUCAAGAAGGAGCUCCGAAAAUGCUGGUGAUAGGCCUAGAACACAGAUAUGACGCAAAAUAUCACUCCUUCGGCAUGCUUAAGGGUCAGGAUCGUUCUGUUGCUCAUCUGAUGCGUUCCCAUGGCCUGCUGGAGGUUUAUUUAGCACUGCUCACCCGAAAAGUGACCGGAUCUACUCAACCCACCGACUUCAAACUGGAAAGUAGUUCAUCGGAUGUCCGUUCGAGGCCAAGUAAGAAGAUAAAUCAAAUUCAACGCAUUGCCUACACAGUUAGCCAUUGGAUGGGCGUGGACAACUUAGCUGCUCAGUUCCAAGGACUAGAAAUCGAAUCUCAGACUCAGUUCGUUGGCUCUGUUUUUAAAGCGGGUUCUAAGCCUGAUCGAGAAGAAAUAAUAAAUCAUCCGGACAGCAACAGUUUAACCAUCACCCGUUGGUACAAUCAGUCCGUCUUUAUUCUUUGGCCCAAAAGCAAGUCUUUUUAUUUCGAUGUGCGCCAUCGCUUUGAUCACGUGCUGGAAAGGAUGGAGCGUGAACCAUUGACGGAGUCGUCGCUUAUGUUGACGAAAGUCUUAUCGCUGUCUUCAGAAUGGAUCAAAACGGGACCAAGAAUCUUCCGGAUGCUUAACCUCUGCCUUCGCUUCAAAGCCAGCCAAGAAGCCAUUCAACUGAUGGAAAUAAUGGUGAACGAAACAAUCGGAAUUCCCAGUGACGACGAUGCCCGCCUCAUAGCUGAGCUUGAAUCCCAGUUACUAGGAUGGGCAAGCUGUGAAGAAUUGAUCAGCAACCUAAUGGCCUGUAAACCAGCAGAGCAAAUGGAUCACUUUGCUGCUUUGUCCCAAGCCUUGCAUGAUCGCGGCAGUUUCACUGGUUUCGAUAUGGUUUCCCAAAAAACCCUUGAAUUGUUCUUCGCACACGUCAAGUUAUCUCCACUGCUCAACCGAUUUACGCUGGCUGCGUGUGUCGACAUGCUGAUCCGCAUUGAAGAAAAUUCCGAAUCAUCAAAUCUGGCAAAACUCAACGAAUUUCUUUCCUACGCGGUCCAGUGGAAGAUGUUGCAGCAAUGUCAUUUGAUUAUCGAUAUUGAACACAUCAGUCGAAGAAGUCAUGUCGGUGUCAACUGUCUAUUGUACCUAAGUUUCCAUGUUGUUCAUAACUUCGAUCCUAACGACGAAUCGUUGGAAGACUGCAUAGUGGAUCUCGUCAAUUGCUUCGCUUGGCUGCCACCCCAUGAUCCGAAUGCGCUCCAUUUUUUUGUAGAGCGACUGUGUCAACCGGCAGAUCAUUCUAAUAGUAACACUCACUUGCUGAAGAAGCUCGUUUCUUCGAUUCAGUUUCUCAAUUUACCCAGUGACCUGCUACAAGAGCUUCUAGACGCCAGGAUUUCAGAAUUGAAAUCCCACCAACCUCCUAAAUUCACAUGGGAGCAAAAGGAAGCACAAUUUCUAGGUGCUGAAGAUUUUCCGGAAGUGCUGGCCUUUUUGCAGUCCCCCGAAAAGGAAAUGGUCGUCAAGUCUGCAUUCACUCAAAUUCAAGAAGCGCGAAACUUUGCCGAUACAUUUUUUGGAGUAAUGGAUAACUGUGUGAAGCUCGGUCACAGUGCUAUAGCUAAACCAUUGGGAUCCGGAAAAACUACGCGUUGUCUAAUCGUCAAAUCUCGACAUCUUUUUCUGGCCCAAAGCGCCAAAUUUAAAGAAGAUUGUAAAGAGCUUGAUUAUUUGCUUAAGCAGCGAGUUGUUUUGGGAUUCCUUCCGCUGGAUGUGUCGACGAUUACGCAGGAUAGCUUUUCAGAAUUUGCUUCAACCUUGAAAAGGAUUGAGGAGGAAGAAGCUCUCGAGUGUAGCAUUGACAACGAUAAUCUUCCAGCGGCGAAAAAAGUGAAAGCAAUUGGCAAAAGAGCUUCUAGUAGGAAGAAGUAAAUUCAGUCCUUGGUCUUCAUGCGAAAACAAACAUUUAAUAUUCGUUUUUAUUGUUGAAAAAUCACAACUUGUUUUUUCUUGUGUGACUAAUAUUCUUUUCUCUGUUUUGGGGUUUUUUGUUCAAUGUGCCGAUAUCUAACCAAGUCUGAAUUUGACGAUAUAUAGAAUACAUGAUGAAUGUUGAA